GUCCCGGUCCGCCCCGUGGUACAGCCCCCUGCUUUUUGUCCACGCUGCCUUUGGAGGCCCCUUCCAUACUGCUGCUGUUGCCGUUCUGCGUUCUGUGAUCAGCCAAGCGCACGGGGCCGUGGCCAUUAAGGGCGAGACAGAGAGAGGGACUGCAGAGAGAGAGAGAGAGAAGGGGAGGAGGAGGUGGAAAGGGAAGAGAGAGAGAGAAAAAAAAAAAUUACAUCACUGGGCGAGUCUUAAUUUGAAAAGGGUGGAAGACGCCGAAGCAGAAGAUAUUUUAAAAAAGCGGAAAUAAAUUAAUAAAGUCGGGUUUUUUUUGGGGGGGAGGAACAAAACAAAACAAGGAGGGAAGAUCUUGGGAGAUCAUUUCCUCCAACAAAGACCACGGGAUUUUCAUUCGUUUUGCAACAUUGUUCUUCGGAAGACCCCGGCUGCUGCAGCUCCCACUCAUCACCAACAACCGGGCCAGCAUCUUCAUUCAGUGGCUCUUCCAAGACCGUGUUCGGAGUGCCAGGGGUUUCUUUAUUUGUAUAUCUAAAUAACAAACGAACAACCUCCCUACACUCCUCUCGUCUCGUUCCAUCGAUCAUCCAGAAGGACACCUAAAUCCCUCUUGCUGUGUGCGUCCUUCCACCCAGAGCGAUGAUGCACCGUUUACACUUCCUAAGCCUCCAAUACUUUGACGCCGUGAACAACAACGGGACGCUCCUUGGUUUCAAGGGCGAAACCCUGAGCAACGGUGACCUCCGGCAGGCCAUGCGGCUGCCACCACUGCUGCAGGACCCCAGGGCUGCCCUGCAGCCCACCGGCCUCAAGCGCAAGUACAGCGAGGAGCUCUGGCACGAGUCGUCGGACGCCUCCGACGAGGAACAAGCGCCUCGGAGCAGCAAGGUCCCUGCCCUGCAGCCGCGGCCGGGCAGCAACGGGGAGUACGGGCGUAGCUACCCGCUCAGCGGCAGCCCCGGCGAGCCCCGGCGGGCACCGUCGCCCGCGCCCUUCGGCUGCCUGCCCCACGACCUCUCCGUGCAGCCCAUGUCGGUGGAGAUGUCGCGCCCGUCCAUGGGCAGCCCUGGCUCGUCGCCCGGUGGAGGCCCUAUACCGCUCCACAGCACCAUGCUCCAGCAGCAGAUGCGACCUUCAGUGAUCACCUGCGCGCCGCCAUCUCGCAACGCGGUGCGGAGCCAGCCCAAGAGCAGCCCGCCCCUCAAGCUCACCGGCGACUUCGGCAAAGAGGCCGGCUCGUCGGCGCCGUACGACCCGGUGGUGGAGGAACACUUCCGGCGGAGCCUGGGCCGGCACGGGGGCCCGGGACCGGCCGCCCGCGAGGCCGAGCCGGCGGCGGUCAGCCCGUCGUCCUGCGUGUCGGUGACGGGCUCCGUCGACGAGCACUUCGCCAAGGCGCUGGGCGACACGUGGCUGCGCAUCAAAGCGGCGGAGGGCGACGCCGCACCGCACCCGGCCGCCCAGUCCUCGUCCUCCUCCUCGUCCCUGUCCUCCUCCUCCUCGUCCGCCUCUUCCCCGUCGUCGUCCGCCUCCAUGGGGGGAGGCCGAGGAGGCUCCCCCGGUUCCCGUAACCGCUCCCCGUCCGUCAUCUCGUAAAGAGUACGGCGCCUCCGGUCGCUGUUGGCGCCUGCGCAGAGCGUGGCGUUGUGUUUUUUAUUUUAUUUCUGUGCUGCGGUUAUCACAACGCAAUUGCCCCCAUUGUUGGUUAAACACAAAAAGCCUGUGACGACGAUGAUGACAAUGAUGAUUUCACUAAGUAUGCACACACGGCUGCCCUGGUGGCAGAUACUAGGGCACAUUUUUAUUUGUGUUUAUACCAAUGUGUUACGCACAUUUCGCAUUGAUUGCCGCCUCCUAAUGUAUGAGUGUCAAACGUAGGUUUGUACGCAAAGGCCCCAAGGUUAACCUACAUGCAUUAUGGAAAGUGUUAAAUACAUUUAGCUUUUGUGGAACAAAAUGCUCUAGAAAAGUUUAUACUUUGAACGUUCUGAGAAAAAUAAGGUUAUUUUUUACAUGCAAGCUAUUUUUUAAGAAAUAUAGUUUUAAUAAAAUCGGCAUGUUGAAAGACGUAUGUCUUCCGUAUAUAGCACAUUGCCCUUUCGUCCCGAGUCAGCGAUGUCAGUCGCCUUUAGUGAAUUGAAAUCGCUAUUUACGUAAGCAGGUGCUACCGAUAACCAGCACAGGGGAAUCUGCCCGUGCCUAAGAGGUCUUCUGUGCUGCACUGUGCAUCCAACAUCCUCCUGUGUACUGCAUGGAGCACAGCUGGUCUCUGCUGUUGGUUGGAAUGCCGACUUCCAUAUAAGGGACAUUGCUCAAAGGCGUGCAUUAACCAGAUAAGGUAGUCGCGCUCUAAAUAAGGAGUGCCGAGUAAAUCGCUGGCGGCUAAAGCUCUAUGACGUAGAAACGACAACUCUUGUAUCCCACAUGUUUUUUGCAAUGUUCCCCCAUUGCCUAGACACACACACACACAGUCAGUCAUUAUACGUUUUUUUUAUUGCAGCAGGCUGUCUUAUCAUAUAUAUGAAAACUGCUGGUAACAGGACAUUAAGCAACGAUUGGCAUCGCGAGCGAGUUUGUGUGUGUGUGCGGUUUAACUUUAGCUGUGGCACGUGGGUUUUUAUAUGUUAUAAUUUUUAAAUAAGAUUUCCUUUGUUCGACUGCAAAGCGGGAAAUUUGCAGGAACAACAUUUUGUAGCGCAGAUUUUUUUUUCCUGGUAGAAAAAAAAUUGAAGGAAAAUAACAAAACGGGCUCUGGGAAUCUCUACUCCCAGAGGAGUUUGUAUUUCUCUCUCUCUACGGUUCCUUCAGGCAUUGGCGCUGAAUACAAUCACCCCCAUGUCUAAGCUUUAAGGGUUCCCUUUUUAAAAAGGGGUGGCCCACUCGCACAGGGUAUUGACUGUUUGGGUAUCGGGAGGGCAGUUCUUCCCCUUUCCCCCCUUGACUUCAAGGAAAUAUAUACUGGGAGUGGCGGAGGUUGGUGAGGUGGGCUGCAAUGUACCUUUGCUGCUGGUUCAGCUUGGUUCAGCUAGGUCGAAACGUGUACCCCCCCCCCCCUCCAUUGUUUUGGAACAGGUGUCUGGACACAGCCAACAUUCCACCUGUACUGUGCAAAAGGCAGGACCCAUAACACUUAUACUUCUGCACAACACUUAGGCGAGUAGCUGUAAACGAGAGCAUACUAACACAGUGAGGUGGCGUAGCGGUUCUAGACUGAGAUUAACUUAAAUGCGGCGCACGGUUUGGUUGUGUUGAGAAGUAGUCGCGGGAUGUCUCGCGGCCGAUAACCCGUACACGGCACACGUCUUGUAGCGAACACUGCGAGUGAUUUUUUUUUUGCUGCUGGUGUUGAACAAAAAAUAAAAUGUAGGACUGGAUUUCCUUAUUUUUAUUAAAAUAAAUUCCUGAAAUUCUAAUUGUUUUAUAAAUCGGAAUAUUUUUUUUCUUCUAAAUUUACGGUAAAAUCGCGGCAAAAAAAAAACGGGCUUUGAGUCGAGGGACAGGUAAAUUCGCACUGCACGUGAGCCAUCAAUGGUUCCCCGCUUCAGCCCCUUUUCUCGCAAUUGCACCAGCAGUGCACGGUCCCAUUCCAGAAUAAGCAGCGUUCAUGAAGUUACUGCGCACUCGUUAAUGUUUGCGUUCACAUCUGCUUUGGUUAUUUUCAAAAUGUAUAUUUACGAGGCAUGUAACGUAAAUGCAUCGGAUUAAACUGGUUCUUACGCCCGCGAUAUAUGUGCUGGCUCGCGCGUCUAAGAAUUUGUUGUUUACGAUUCAUGAAAAUUAAUGUCCAAUGUUAUCUGUGGGCUGCUAGAAGCAACAGCGCUGCACAACAUAGAGAAAAUGCCACUACAAACGAGAUGGUUAAAACGGACAAAAACUAUAUUUUUUGAAGAAGAAAAAAAACUCAAGCGGAGCCAGAUCAAGAAACCUAUAAGGGGUAGGAAGUCCUGAACAUUGUAAGGUUUUUAAAUAGGCCAUAUGUUCAUUAAAAAAAACAUUGUGUAUUUUCUCUAGUAAAUAUCAAUACAAACUCUAAACGUGUGUUUAGAGUAUUUGGCUGCUAUAAAUUUCCAGAUGAUGAGCCACUUGGUUGAGCAAUCGUUUGUGACCAGGUCGCUUCUGAAAAAGAGCUAAUUAGCUCGGUGGGCUGUACCUGCUAAAAUAAAAAAUAGUGAAAUACUAAAUUUGGGGCCUCAAUGGGGGGGGGGGGGGGGGGGGAUCGCCUCCCCCACACCCCCCUCCUUGGAUCCUCCACUGGUGCAAAAUAUUCGUCAAUAGCCCUGCCCAAAAAGAGGAAGAAUUACAUAAUAGGCGACAUUGGGCAAUAGGUCUUUCUUCACAGCAGCGAUGCGCCACUGCCCAAGAUGUCGCCUGUUAUGUAAUAUUCCCAAAAGGGCAGUGUUACAGAUCAAUGUGUUUAAUUGUUGUUACUUGUGCACCACUGCCAUCACAGUAUGACGAGCAAAAGCAUUCUCCGAGUAGAAUCAAAUCCUUUUGAGUCGUGACAAUUCAUCAAAUUACUCUGGGCAAGAAAGGUGGUUUAAUCGUUACAUGCCUAAAAUUUACUCACUGCUGCGGAAGACCAGACUGUGUGCUGAAGUUGAUCUUAUAACAUUUUGUAAGCAAAAAAUGAUCUACUUUCCCCCACACAGUUUAGUCUACCUUAGUCUACCUCCACUUCUCACGGGCCAUUUGCAUGUUUUUAUUUUAAGUGGUGGUCUAAGAAAAUGUCCUUUGGCAGUGGUGAGUGUUACUCAAUUUACGUUACACAAUGAGUAAAACCCAGAAAUUUCAAAUCAAUAUUUUUUUUCUCUCCACUUUUACAAUUAUUCGCUUAGUUAAAAUAUUUUGUAGUUAUUUUAUUUCUCGUGCAAAUGGAAUUAAGUUUGCCUUCAAGCUAGUAUUACGCUGAGCGUAAUCGGUCGCUAUUAGAUUUUUGGUUGAAGUAGCUGCAUUAAAAAAUAAACAUACAUUAUGUAUUUAAUUUCUUUUAUUACACUUCUGUUUUGAAAGUUGAUUCUUUCUUACAGUUCAGUUAUGAGGUAUUAUAUAGUGCAGGAACACAGUAUUAUUUAGAGUAAUGCAUGCUAUGUACGACGUAACCUGUAUACGUUUGGCAGCCACUGUUGUCGCUUGAAGUAACCUGCAUCGUAGCUGCGAAACAGUAGUUCCUUCCGAGAGCAUCGUUCUUUUAGAAGUAGCAACACGCUCAGGUGUGCUGCUCAAACAGCAUGAAGGCACGACUCCCAUCCAUACGCCUUGCGUGCAAGUCACGUGAUCACCACGUUGCAUGUACAACGCUCUCAGCCUUGUCCAAACCACCAGCUUCAAAAGCUGAAUGUGUGGUCGCAUUGUUGUUUUCGAGUCGUUGCUUUGUCGCCGUUUGUUGCGCCUUUGCGUGUCGUUAUUUCUGUCUCACGGCCUAAACGCAUUUCUCCUUCGCGAUGGGGUUUCUCUCAUCAUGCACAGAAAGUGUGGCAUCCUUCUUUGUAGUGCAUUUCUAAAAUGACUUGAGUGCAUGAAAAACUGUGCAGAAUGCAGCAGUCAGGCAGGCUCUGGUGUAAAAAGCACAGCCCCCGGGGCACUGCUGGCGUCUUAAGCGAUCUGAGAUCCGCAUCCUUCACGCAUCUCUGUAGGCUGGCCCUAUGCGUCACAACUAGUUCUCAGUUAUGUGGCAUAUAUAUUUUUUUAAUACACAUUUUUCGUGGUCAUGUUUGCAAAACGUUUUUUUUUGCAGUAACAAGUGAAAAAAACGGUUAGCAGCAGAGCGACAGGAACAAAACAUUUACCGAUUUACAAAGCAUGGGAAGGGAAAGAUAAUUAAUUCAGCCUCACAACUCCAAUGAUCAAAACGUGUGCACACCUUUAGGGGUCAAAAGGUUGCGAAGCAUCGGCUACAUUUUGUAUGGUUUUUCCAAACUAAAACGUCCUCAGAUAUUGAAACCCUAGGGUUGUUCUAGAGGACUGAUCACCAAAAAAACUAUGUAUAGAUCAUGUUAUUGUCAAAGACAAGGGUUUUGUGAAUUUAAAAUCUGACGGUAGUAAUUUAGGAUGUCCAAGUUUGAAAUGUUUAGAUUUGGUAAAGCUGGUCACUGACGUUUGUAUUUUAGCAAAUUAGGUGAAAAAGUGUGCAGCGUUUUGUAUAUCGAAAUAACAACACCACCAAGGUGUGCUCACAAACAGCAGGUAGACAACUCCCAUCAUGCCUUGCAUGCUCGUUGACCACCACAUUGCAUAUACAAUGCUCUCAGCCUUGCCCACACCACCAGCUCAAUAACUGAAUGUUCAGAGUCCUGCCUUCCCGCUGUUUGUGAGCCAGGGCACCAUUGUGUGUUGUUACAUCCAUUUGUUUCCAGCCUGCACGCAUUUUCCUGUUGUGAUGGGAUGUCCCAUAACUUACAGAAAGUGUUGGAUUUGAAGUUUGUAUAUUACUUUUAAAAGAAGGGCUUGGAAUGUAAAAUCUGUAGUAAUGAUUGCAAUGUGGUCAUUUCUCUAGCAAUAAAAUUCAUUUUUAAUGCAGAA